GCGAGGGCGAGGGGUAGGGGCUGGGGAAGGGCGAGCGGGAGGCGCGGGCUCUCUCUAGCAGGGGGCUGCAGCCAUGAAGAGGCUCUUAGCUGCCGCUGGCAAGGGCGUGCGGGGCCCGGAGCCCCCGAACCCCUUCAGCGAACGGGUCUACACUGAGAAGGACUACGGGACCAUCUACUUCGGGGAUCUAGGGAAGAUCCAUACCGCUGCCUCCCGGGGCCAAGUCCGGAAGCUGGAGAAGAUGACAGUAGGGAAGAAGCCGGUCAACCUGAACAAAAGAGAUAUGAAGAAGAGGACUGCUCUACACUGGGCCUGUGUCAAUGGCCAUGCAGAAGUAGUAACAUUUCUGGUAGACAGAAAGUGCCAGCUUAAUGUCCUUGAUGGCGAAGGGAGGACACCUCUGAUGAAGGCUCUACAAUGCGAGAGGGAGGCUUGUGCAAAUAUUCUCAUAGAUGCUGGUGCUGAUCUAAAUUAUGUAGAUGUGUAUGGCAACACGGCUCUCCAUUAUGCCGUUUAUAGUGAGAAUUUGUUAAUGGUGGCAACACUGCUGUCCUAUGGUGCAGUCAUCGAGGUGCAAAACAAGGCUAGCCUCACACCCCUUUUACUGGCCAUACAGAAAAGAAGCAAGCAAACUGUGGAAUUUUUACUAACAAAAAAUGCAAAUGCAAACGCAUUUAAUGAGUCUAAAUGCAUUCAUCAACAACUUUUGGAACAUAUACGAAAAUUACCUAAAAAUCCUCAAAACACCAAUCCAGAAGGAACAUCUACAGGAACACCUGAUGAGGCUGCACCCUUGGCGGGAAGAACACCUGACACGGCUGAAAGCUUGGUGGUGAAAACACCUGAUGAGGCUGCACCCUUGGUGGAAAGAACAUCUGACACGGCUGAAAGCUUGGUGGAGAAAACACCUGACGAGGCUGCACCCUUGGUGGAAAGAACCCCUGACACGCCUGAAAGCUUGGUGGAAAAAACACCUGACGAGGCUGCACGCUUGGCGGAAAGAACACCUGACACGGAUGAAAGCUUGGUGGAAAAAACACCUGACGAGGCUGCACCCUUGGCGGAAAGAACACCUGACACGGCUGAAAGCUUGGUGGAAAAAACACCUGACGAGGCUGCACCCUUGGUGGAAAGAACACCUGACACGGCUGAAAGCUUGGUGGAAAAAACACCUGACGAGGCUGCACCCUUGGUGGAAAGAACACCUGACAUGGCUGAAAGCUUGGUGGAAAAAACACCUGAUGAGGCUGCACACUUGGUGGAGGGAACAUCUGCCAAAAUUCAAUGUCUGGGGAAAGCAACAUCUGGAAAGUUUGAACAGUCAACAGAAGAAACACCUAGGAAAAUUUUGAGGCCUACAAAAGAAACAUCUGAGAAAUUUUCAUGGCCAGCAAAAGAAAGACCUAGGAAGAUCACAUGGGAGGAAAAAGAAACAUCUGUAAAGACUGAAUGCGUGGCAGGAGUAACACCUAAUAAAACUGAAGUUUUGGAAAAAGGAACAUCUAAUAUGAUUGCAUGUCCUACAAAAGAAACAUCUACAAAAGCAAGUACAAAUGUGGAUGUGAGUUCUGUAGAGCCUAUAUUCAGUCUUUUUGGCACACGGACUAUUGAAAAUUCACAGUGUACAAAAGUUGAGGAAGACUUUAAUCUUGCUACCAAGAUUAUCUCUAAGAGUGCUGCACAGAAUUAUAUGUGUUUACCUGAUGCUGCAUAUCAAAAAGAUAUCAAAACAAUAAAUCACAAAAUAGAAGAUCAGAUGUUCCCAUCAGAAUCCAAACGAGAGGAAGAUGAAGAAUAUUCUUGGGAUUCUGGGAGUCUCUUUGAGAGUUCUGCAAAGACUCAAGUGUGUAUACCUGAGUCUAUAUAUCAGAAAGUAAUGGAGAUAAAUAGAGAAGUAGAAGAACUUCCUGAGAAGCCAUCUGCCUUCAAGCCUGCCAUUGAAAUGCAAAAGACUGUUCCAAAUAAAGCCUUUGAAUUGAAGAAUGAACAAACAUUGAGAGCAGCUCAGAUGUUCCCAUCAGAAUCCAAACAAAAGGACGAUGAAGAAAAUUCUUGGGAUUCUGAGAGUCCCUGUGAGACUGUUUCACAGAAGGAUGUGUAUUUACCCAAAGCUACACAUCAAAAAGUAUUCGAUACCUUAAAUGGAAAAUUAGAAGAGUCUCCUGUUAAAGAUGGUCUUCUGAAGCCUACCUGUGGAAGGAAAGUUUCUCUUCCAAAUAAAGCCUUAGAAUUAAAGGACAGAGAAACACUCAAAGCAGCUCAGAUGUUCCCAUCAGAAUCCAAACAAAAGGACGAUGAAGAACAUUCUUGGGAUUUUGAGAGUUUCCUUGAGACUCUCUUACAGAAUGAUGUGUGUUUACCCAAGGCUACACAUCAAAAAGAAUUCGAUACCUUAAGUGGAAAAUUAGAAGGUGGGAAUGGAGGGAGGCCAGGAAGCUGUGGUUGUGGAGCUGCAGUGUUCGCGGGACUCCAGGGACUGUCCUUUCCUGAUAUCCUCACACUUCCUCCUGGAUGAUGGCAUGCAGUAAGAGCCCAGUGGAUGUCUUGCAGAUUUAGAGUUGGCAGAGUGAAUGAAACCACAGAGUUUUUGAGCAAACCUGGCAAUGUGAGGCCCU